AUGCCAUUGUGCGGUAAUUCUAGUCGGAGCACACCUUUCAGCCGGGGCAAGCCUUUGCAGCGCAAAGUUGUUGUCUGUGGUGACGGAGCUUGUGGAAAAACAUCUCUUCUGAACGUUUUUACCCGAGGCUUCUUCAGCCAGGUUUAUGAACCCACCGUCUUCGAGAAUUACGUGCAUGAUAUUUUUGUUGACGAACAACAAGUCGAAUUGAGCUUAUGGGACACUGCUGGGCAAGAAGAAUUCGACCGUUUAAGAUCUCUGUCCUAUGCGGAAACGCAUGUGGUCAUGAUAUGUUUCUCGGCAUGGGUCGACAACCCAGUAUCCUUGGAGAACGUAGAGUCCAAGUGGCUUGAUGAAAUUUUGGAGUACUGUCCUGGGGUUAAGUUGGUGCUCGUAGCACUCAAGUGUGAUCUGCGCGAUGAUUCUUCUGUCAAAGAUCGAUUACAGCGUCAUGGAGCGCACUCAGUCCAAUAUGAAGAAGGACUCGCGGUUGCAAGACGAAUACGAGCUUCACGUUAUCUGGGUACCCCUCCAUUUUUCCUGCCUAGUCCACAAUUAAUUCCUCUCUCAGAGUGCAGCUCAAAGCACAAUCGUGGGGUAUCUGAGGUGUUUUACGAAGCGGCUCGAGUCUCGUUAGCAACGCGACCGAAAGCGUCAGGCGAAGGAUGCACGGUCAUGUGA